AUGUCUACUUCCCCGUCUGAUAGCGAAAAUUCUGUCGAUACCGAUAACAGCCAAAACGACUCGGACACUGAUUUUAUAUCGGGAUACGUCUGCGAGGGUCAAAAUAACGACGAUGUUGCCAGUGCAACAGCUGGUAAUGCAGAGGAGACGAACGAUGGCUCUCUGCCUUACGAAGGCGAGCCUAUAGCAGAUGAUGUUUGGCUUGCCAACUACAAAGGGCAAAAACGAAAGCAGGACGAGCGGCGCAAAGAAAUGGAAGGUCGUUUGGAGCAACCUGAAACUGUGCAUAUAUGGUAAGUGACACGAAAAAUGUAAAACAAAUAAAAUUUCUCAAGCGAAUACUAUAUCUAUUUAACAGUCUAUUUAUACAAAUUCCUUUUACGAUUUUUGCUAGGUGUAAAUGUGGUAAUUGUAGCACCGAAUUGUCGCAAAGUAGUAAAGAAGCACAUUGCUGUAUGGAGAUAGAUGGCUGUGUUGAAGCCGUAAACAGUGAUCAAGUCCUCAGUGAAGUCGAUAGUCCACCAAGUUCUGUGACAUUUCAUCCCGGGUUUAACCCCGUUUGUUUAGAAACCUGGUCACUUCGCCAAGCAGGACGAAAGUAUCGAAAGAUUGACGGGACUAAGUACCAUAAGUCAGAUUCAGAGAACAG